UGCCGGCAGCGGCGGCAGAAGGAGCUUCCGAGACCCGGCCCUUUCCAGACCCCAGCAGCGCUGCCGGGAUCGGGGGUCCUGGGCUGCCUGCCCUUUGCAGCGCUUUCUCUCCAGCCCCGGGCCGACUCCGCCAGGCGCAUCGGGUGUCCAUCAGCUCGCCUUGCGAGAUUUGCAUGUCAUCUGCAUAACCAAGCUCAUGGAUGCACCCCGGGACGUGCCCCGUCAGCAGAGGCGCCGAUUAAGCUUCUCGUCGCCUUGACGGUGCAAAACUUCGUAAUGAAUGACACGCGGUCCCCCUUCGCGGGGCGCCGGCUGCUGACACCCUGAGGACCGUGCUCUUAGAUGGACAGGGCAGCUGGAGAAUGGAUCCAGAGAUCUCUCUCAUCUUCCAAUGUACCUCCCCUUCGGGCAUCUCCGAGUGUCAGGUCCGAGCUGAACUUUCCCCUCUGUAUGACCGACAUCAGUUGCCCGGGGACCGGGUCCAGAUCGAGACUGCCUGGGCGGCGCGGCGCCAGCAGGAACCGUGGCUCUUCGACGGGGCCAAAUUCCGCCUCCACUCGAUCAAGCAGGAGGGAGGCCGCUUAGUCUUCCGCCUUGGCCUCACCUGCUACAAGGACUUUGUGGGCACCAAUCUGGCCAGCCGGGUUGAGCAGCUGCGUCAGCAAGGGCACGAAGAUUUCGGCAACAGCCAGGCCUACCUUGCCGACCCCCUGGGGGUGGGAGCCAUGCUGCAUACGGCGGACGAUAAGUUUGUCUUCUUGCGGCGCAGUCUGUGUGUAGGAGAGGCGCCGGGGAAGGUCGACAUUCCCGGAGGGCAUCCUGAACCGCAGGUCGUGACAGGAGACACCGCCUCGGAGGGACCCAUCCGCCACCAGGACCUCCCUGGAGAGCUAGUGGUGAAAGAGCUGUUCUCCUCCGUGUUGCGGGAGAUACAGGACGAGGUUAACCUCCCUCCACCCACCCUGAGCUGCCCGGUAUUACUCGGGAUAGCUCGGAAUGAGACCACGGGAGGCCGGGCCAGCGCCGAAUUCUACGUCAGGUGCAGCCUCACUUCUGAGGAAGUGCAACAUAACUAUGCCAUUGGGGGCCCUGAAGCCCAAGAGUCAACUAGCACCAUAUUUGUCACCAGAGAAAACGUCCUGAUGAUGGAGCAGAGCGGGGACCUGUGGAAAGAGCUGUGCCCUUCGGCUAAAGGGGCCAUAAAACUCUACGUAGGAGUGAUGGGCCAGUGCCGGUGACGUGACCACCGAUGUCAAAUGGUAGGAGGAAGCCAGUGACUCAGGGACCGUUCAGGACUUUCUUGCAUUUUUCUUGGGGGGAAUUGCUAGCUGUUCAUUGGCACAGCUGGAAUCUUAACUCCAGGGUUAUAGAUAAGUGGGCUUCCCUACUGCUGCUCUGAAACUGAACCGGGUAACCUCUUCCUUGUGCCGGGCCCGACCUGCUGCUAACCGUGCCUAUUGGUCACCCACUUCUCAA